ACCCAUCUCUCCACUGCCAUGGUAAUGACUGGCCUUUCUCCUCCUCUGGAGUCGUAUGGGAGCGACUUCCCAGCCCGGGUAUGAUGCUGACCUGAAGCUGAUGGGUCUGUGUACACUGGGAGAGGCGGGGCUCCUGGGUAAUGCAGCACAGAGAUAGGAAUUGCUUAUGUAACUGGGGCAGCAGAUUGACUGGAAGGAGAGGAGGCAGAGGCUGGGGAUGGGAGCAGUGAGCUGUCGGCAGGGGCAACACACCCGGGUGUCUGCUCCUCAAAAGGUACAGAAUGGGGCUCUGGCUGCCUGUGGAUGGGAAGUGAUGGAGCAGGGUGGCAACAUCCAGGGUCCUUGGGCCCGAGGCUGGAAGAGCCUCUGGUGUGGUGUGGGGACCGUCAGGUCAGGUCUGGAAGAACUAUGGGAGCUACAGAGGCAUCAGUGCCUGCCUCAGGAGCCCCUCCAGCCAGCCCCACUGCUGCUAGAGAAGCCGUUGUCUGAGUGGCCAGUGCCUCAGUUCAUCAACCUCUUUCUACCAGAGUUUCCCAUGAGGCCUGUUAGGGGGCAGCAGGAGCUAAAGAUUUUGGGCCUUGUGGCUAAAGGCUCUUUUGGAACCGUCCUGAAAGUGCUGGAUGGUGCCCAAAAAGCUGUAUUUGCAGUGAAGGUGGUACCCAAAGUCAGAGUCCUACAGCGGGAUACCCUGAGGCAGUGCAAAGAGGAGGUCAGCAUCCAGCGACAGAUCAACCAUCCUUUUGUACACAGCCUGGGAGACAGCUGGCAGGGGAGGCGACACCUCUUCAUUAGUGAGUGGACUGGGCUUUGUCCCCAUCCACAAAGGCCCCCAGACCGUUCUCCCAACCUGAUGCUAUUCUGCCUUCCCUUGGUUCCACUCCUCAUAGCAUUUCUGUAUUCCAAAAGUAGAGGGGAAAGGCUGGGGGGUUGGUUUGGGCAGGAGGUCUAUAAUGCCUUGAGCCCAGGCCCUAUAGACCACAGAUACUGCCUGGACUUCUGGUGCUUUGCAGUGUGUAGCUACUGCAGCAUGGAUCUCCACUCCCUGUGGUCUGCUGUUGGUGGUUUCCCAGAGGCUUCUAUCCGUCUCUUUGCAGCUGAACUGGUCCUUGUGCUGUGCUAUCUCCAUGACAUGGGUAUCAUCCAUCGAGAUGUAAAGAUGGAGAACAUCCUUCUGGAUGAGCGAGGCCACCUGAAACUGACAGACUUCGGUCUGUCUCGCCGUCUGUCCCCGGGAGCACGAGCCUACACUAUCUGUGGGACUCUUCAAUACAUGGCCCCAGAGGUCCUGAGUGGUGGGCCUUACAACCACACUGCUGACUGGUGGUCCCUGGGGGUGCUGCUUUUCUCUCUGGCAACUGGUAAGUUCCCAGUGGCUGCAGAAAGAGAUCAUGUGACCAUGUUGGCAAGUGUGACCCACUGUGAAUCUGAGAUGCCAGCCUUUAUUACUCAGGAGCUCUCACUCCUGCUCCAUGAGCUCCUGUGCCAGAACCCUCUGCACCGUCUACGUCAUCUGCAUCACUUCCAGGUCCACCCUUUCUUUCGGGGUGUGGCCUUUGACCCUGAGCUCCUAAAGAAGCAGCCAGUGAGCCUUGUCGUGGAGACACAAGAUAGCAGCAGUCCAUUGGAGUCCAUGCCCUUCAAGGACUUUGACUGUGAUCUGGAGUCCUUGGUCCACUCCGUCUCUGCUGAUUCUCUACUGCAGAUUGAGGCCCAGCUGGAAACCUGAGGAUUUCUACUGCCAGCUCAGCAUGAUCACCGUGAUGAUCCAGUUUUUUCUUUGUUGUCCUUAUUAUUCGGUUGUAGGUAUUGGACCAGAGUUUAAAUUGUUGGCAUUCUGCAACUGAUGGCCAAAACUGCCCCUGAUGCUUUCCUGUCACACAACCCACCUCUCACUUGCAGGCCAAGGCGGUGACCUUUAUUUCAUUUCUGCAGUACUUUUCACCUAAGCUGCCAAACAAAGGCUUCUUAAAACUCUAUCUUAUCCAUGUUUUCUACCAUACUUCCUGUCUUGGGCAAUAAUGACACUUUGUGGGAUCCCGAAGUGCUAUUUAUAUGUUUAACAAGCUAGUCAGAGCAAUAUGAAUGCUUUUUAAAGAUUGCAAAAGCUGGUAUUUCAACACCUGAUAAAUAAGCAGUUAAAAAAUAUGACCUGCCAGGUGGUGGUGGCCCUGCGCCUUUAAUUCCAGCACUUGGAAGGCAGAGGCAAGUGAACCUCUGAGUUUGAGGUUAUCCUGGUCUACAGAGCGAGUUCCAGGACAGCCAGGGCAGUUACACAGAGAAACUCUGUCUCAAAAACAGCCCCCCCCCCAAAAAAAAAAAAUUACCUAGGAGUUGGAGAAUAGGCUCAUUGCUCUUGCAGAGGAGUCAGUUGAGUUUUUAGCCCCUCACAAGUGCCUAUAAAUCCAGCUCCCGGGGAUCCCACACUUCUGGCUUCCUCAGAUGUGAAUACCCACAUACAACAUACAUAUGCAUACCCACACAGACACAUGAAAAUAAUUUAAAAUAAUUUUUUAAAUGCCAGGCAUGAUAGCACAUGCCAUUAAUUCCAGCAACGCAGGUGGAUCACUGUGACUUUUGCCUGGUCUACAUAGUGAGUUCCGGGACAGCCAGGGCUACAUACUGAAACCCUGUCUCAAAUAAAAAACAAAUGCAAAAUGGCCCAGCAGAUAAGGGACCUGCCCUGAAGCCUGAGGACAUGAGUUUGAUCCCCAAGACUCACACAGGAGAAGGAGAGACUGACUCCCACAACAUGUAUGCCACACCCCCCCCAAAUAACUAACUAUCUAAAUAAAUGUAAUUAAGAAAAUGUGAUCUAGAAGCUUGAAGCUAUUCUUCAAUAAAUACUAUUUAUUUA